CAUCCACCCGCCACCACACAUCGCGUCUCACGACAUGCGCACGACGAUCAGAAUCUAUCCUUAAGAUCAUAAUGGAGAACGGCAACCUGAACAACUCGGCCGCCUCGUCCGGCCGCGGAUCGUCAUCGCGACCUCGCCACAGUAGUGAAUCAUACCUCGCUGGCCAUACGCGACCAGGCUCGCGUCCGGGCUACAUGACUGUCGGCAGCGGUUCGACCUCGGAAAGCGCUGCGCGGUUGGCAGCGAUGCUAGAUGACGACUCUGGUUAUGGUGGUAGCAUUGCCGAUGGAAGCAGCAUGCAAUCGGGAUGGCACCCUGGGCUCACAGAGGACCGACCUACGCCUGCUCAUACGCCCGUUGCUCCCGGAGAGACCAAUCCCGCAUCCGAAAACGAGCGGCGCACACUUGCUAGUCACGUCCACCAGCUCUAUUACAACCAGAAUAAGACAGCGCUGGCCCGCUGCAUUGGCCGGACCGUGGACACUUUGAAGAAGCUUCAAGACAAGAAUGUGGAUUGGCCGGCUCAUUACCCUCAAGUUCAGCGGCAGGGUCCGCCUGCGCCUACUUCAGGUAACCAGGAGCCUAGGUCCGGUAUUCAUCACACUCAAUCGACCUUGGACAACCACCGUGGUUUCGAGCAAGAGCAUCCUCACAGGCCUUCCCCUCUGCGCCGGGCCGGAACGUCGCUGGGAGAGGAGAGUACACUCGCCGAAUCGAGCUCCGCAGCUACGCAGAGGCCUGCGGCGGAACCUCGGUUGGUCACGCCACAAUUGGCACAGGACUUUUCGGUGCUGAAGAUUGACUUGAAGAUGGGUGCUCUGUCUCAAACUGAGCUUGUACACUCGCUUGAGAAGGGAGCUAUCGCGCAGCUUUUGGAUGGCCAAAUCAACAAGAGCAUCAAGCACUUGUAUUCCUUGAGAGAGAGAAUCGAGGACACUUCAAGUAAGGUGUUGGUCACUGGAGACCUCAACGCCGGUAAAUCGACCUUUUGCAACGCCUUGCUGCGGAGGAAAAUCUUGCCCGAGGAUCAGCAGCCCUGCACGAGCAUCUUCUGCGAGGUGCUUGACUCGAGAGAAAACGGAGGUAUUGAAGAGGUACACGCGGUCCCCAUUGGGUCUGUAUACAACCGUGACAACGAGGCCACCUACGAUGUCUACACCAUAAAGCAGUUGGAAGACAUUGUUACCGAAAAUGACAGAUACGCCUCGUGCAAGGUCUACAUCAAGGACAUUCGCAGCGUCGACGAGUCUUUGUUGAACAACGGCGUCGUCGACAUUGCGCUCAUCGAUGCCCCUGGUCUUAACGCGGAUUCUUUGAAGACUACUGCAGUCUUUGCCCGUCAAGAAGAGAUUGAUGUCGUCGUGUUCGUUGUUUCCGCUGCCAACCAUUUCACUCUUUCCGCCAAGGAGUUCAUCUUCAACGCUGCCAGGGAAAAGGCGUAUAUGUUCAUGGUCGUGAACGGUUAUGACAACAUCCGGGAUAAGAACCGUUGCCAGGAACAGAUUUUGAAGCAAGUUGGGAAGAUGAGUCCGGCUACUUUCAAGGAAUCUUCGGAGCUAGUGCACUUCGUCUCCAGCAUAGCCAUCCCAGUGGCUCCGCUCAAGAUCCCUGGAGACGCAGGUGGCUCUGGUUCAAGCUCCGGUGGUCCCGGUGGGGACCCAGAUGGUGGUGAUGACAAUGAAGACCCAUCCGCCAAGCAUGGUGACAAGGGAUCCGCGUCAGACAAGGGCAAGGGCAAGGAGCCUGAGAAAAUAAGGGAUUUCGAAGCAUUGGAGUCUUCGUUGCGUCGGUUUGUGCUGGAGAAGAGGGCUAGGUCGAAGUUGGCUCCAGCGAAGACAUAUCUCACAAAUGUCCUUGGUGACUUGAGCAGUUUGGCCACAGUAAACCGAGAUGUCGCCCAGGCCGAGCUGGACCGUGUCACGAGGGAAUUGGCAGAACUGGAACCUGCCUUCGAGCAAUCCAAGAAGUCGCGCCGCGAGGCUAGCGAGGACGUGGAUCACACAAUCGAGGAUUCUGCCUCUGAAGUAUAUGCUCACACUAGGGACACUGUCAACAUGUCAAUCUCCCGAGUUGCGGACCAGGACCUUGGACUGGAAUACCCUGGCGUGUUCAGUGCCUUCCAGUACGCUGAAGACAUCAAAAUCGCCAUGAUCCAGGAAAUUUCGGAGAGUGUUUACGCCUGCGAGGAUUAUGCUCGAGAGCAAACCACUGUUGGCUUCAACAGUGUGUCACGCCUUGGGAUCUUGCAUCUCGGUGACAACUGGUCGAAUUUGACUUUCCAUCCGGAGAAGAUGUUCCGUAAGAAGCGCGAUGCACUCGUACGGCAGGUGGACUUUGAGGUCGAGGCCUGGGACUUCUUCGACGUAGCCAGCCUUUGGGAGCGCCAGGAGAAGGUUGCUGGCACCAGUAUGGCUGUUACUGUUGCUGGUGUCAUUGGCACUAGGUUGCUUGGCGGUGUUAGUUGGGUUGACGGCACGAUCGGUGCCAUGCGCGUCAUCGGGUUGGGCAACUUGCGCAGGAUGUUCAUUCCGGGUGUCGUCCUUGCCCUCGGUCUCGGCGUCACAUAUGCGCUCACCAGCAUCCCGAAAUCGCUGCCUAAGCGCCUCUCUGCCAAGCUUUCCGAACAGCUCGAAGCUCUUGACUACACGCACACGAAUGCGCUGCGCAUCAGCACCGAAGUGCGUAAAGCGCUCAAGCACCCUGCCGAUGAGCUUCGUGUUGGCCUUCAGCGCUCUGUGGAGAAACUGCACACCCAGAGGGAGAAGACGACCAAGUUCCGCCAGGAGGCUGAUGUUGCGCGCAAAUACUUUUCGAACCUGGUCAGAGAUGCGAGUGACAUCAAGCACUCGGUUGAGAGGGUCGACUUGGAGGGUCCGGCGCCGGGUGUGGCGGCAGUAUACGAUCCGUGAUGUGGCUGAUCCACGAGAUCAGAGCAUGAAGUGGCCGUUGAUUGCGAUGAAUCAAUGGCUUAUGGGGCAAGAUUACUGUAUGGCAGAUGUUGGAGGCAAAAAUAUCCCUCUCCUUUUCUCUUCUCUUCUACCUUUUACCUUUUUCUUGUGUUUCACCUUUUUCUCCUUGUUCUUGAUAUACCAAGCGCGUCGAUACCAAAACCUUCCUCGCCCAACUCAGCUCAGAAUGGAUUCUUUUGCGUUACACUGCGCGUAUUGUACACCAAUCGGGACUUGCGUGAUCUCCGAGUGUUAAAUUGUGGUUCUUUGCGGGGUCCCGAUACGAAAUGAUUUGCGCAAGGUCCGCUGUGCAGGAGCCAAUGCUUGGUAUUUAGCUACGUGCAACUGCUAGCUAUCGAAGUAUCUAUCUUGGGAGAGUCUUUCUGCCAAGACCAACGCUCUCCACCUCGUG